CAUCAAACUGUCGUCGACCGGCAACCGAUACAUCAGUCUCUCUCUCACCCUCGCUCUGCUUUUCUAACGACUAUAUAACGAAACGGACAUCGAACCGAUUCUGCUGAGCAGACCUCAUCAUCAUUCUUGAGAGUAGGACACAGACAGGACCGCGAACCAGAGCCUCAAAGUGCUCAGUCGCAAGAAUCAUUCGUUAUCAUGCCACUCUCACCGCUGCGGAGCAGCAUGGUAGGAGGAGGUACACCUAGACACCGACAUACAGGUUCAAAGGAUAUCACAGACGAUCCUUUCUCUGACCCAUACCCUGCACGCUCGCCACGACUUCGACACGACCACGCAUUUACUCACGAACUUCAUUACAACGGAGCACCCGGUCCCAGAGCCGGACCGAGCUCGCCGAAAUUUACCAGUUCCCCGAAAUCUGACGUCUUCACAUACGGGAACCAGGAAGAACACUUGGGACCGUCUCCUAUUACCAAUACGUAUCCUCCGCCAUCAGCUUUCGGGCUGACCGAGGAAACAUCGCACCAAGUCCCUCUACCGAGACCUCGACCGAGAUUCUCGGAAUCCAAUCCCAAUGCACGGAAAUCGUGGUACCACAGCAUCAUCGGCGCACCUCAGGCUCGGAACAGUCGGUUUAGCAUAUACAACCCCUUUGGAGGCGGAGGAGCAGGAGGAUUCAGACAGUCGUUUUUCCACGGAGACGAUGGUGCGACCGGAACGGGGACAUCCAGAGCUGUACCAGGGCAUUUCUCGAGGAAUGCUUCUGAGAGGGGAAGGUUGCAGGGAUUGAUGCAAUGGUCAAGUACGCCGACCAAGUUGAGGUUGGGAGAUGGGGAGUCGGAGGUGACUCGGGAGACCGGUUGGAUCGGGCAAAAUCUCAGACGGUUACGGAUCUGGAUGGUCAAUGAUGGGUCUAGAUCGAUUUUCUAUGGAGUCUGGAUUUUGAUUCAGGUUCUGCUCUUUGCCUUUGCUUUGCUCCACUAUGCACUCAAAGACAACCUGAGUGCUGCCCGAGCGGUAUUCGGAGCCAGCUACGUCUGUUCUCGUUCGGCGGCCAUGGUAUUAGAUGUGGACCUGGCUUUCAUCUUAUUACCCAUCUGCCGGAACUUUAUCAGCCUGUUGAGGAGGACACCGUUGGGCGAGGUCAUCCCGUUCGACAAGAACAUCUCGUUCCACAAGCAGAUCGGGUAUUCCAUCUGGGCAUGGUCAACCGUACAUACCAUAUCGCAUCAAGCCAACUUUUACAAGCUGGCAAAGGCUCAGGGAACAGGCGUAGGAGGGUUUUUCAAGUAUAACUUUUGGACUGGACCGGGCCUUACUGGGUGGAUCAUGACCGCCUGCCUCUGGUUGAUGGUCUGGUUCGCGAUGGAGAAGCGGAAACGAGCCAACUUUGAAAGAUUCUGGUACACGCAUCAUCUAUUUGUGCUUUUCUUCCUGUGCUGGCAAUUGCACGGAAUGUAUUGCAUGAUCAAACCGGAUCGCACCGAGCACUGCAAGGCUUCCAUGUAUGCGGUAUUCUGGAAAUACUGGCUACCUGGAGGACUACUCUUCAUUGCCGAGCGCAUACUCCGAGAGGUCCGGGCCAAUCACAAGACUACCAUCAGCAAAGUGGUUCAGCAUCCGUCAAAUGUGAUGGAGGUUCAGAUCCGGAAAGAACAUGCGACUGUCAGGGCAGGACAAUAUAUAUUCAUCAACUGCCCCGAAAUCAGCUACUGGCAGUACCAUCCGUUCACCUUGACUUCAGCGCCAGAGGAAGACUAUCUCUCGUGUCAUAUCCGUGUCGAAGGGGACUGGACGACAGCGUUCGCUAAAGUGCUUGGAUGCGAUUUCCAAAAGAAAGGUGGCGGCUACAAGGGAAAGUCAAAGGACAAGGCGAUCGAUUUGGGCAAGAGCAAGGAUGCUGUCGCGGUGCAGACCCCACUCAAUCGAUAUCUACCCCGUGUCAUGAUCGAUGGACCGUUCGGAAGUGCUUCAGAGGAUUUCAACAAGUUUGAAACCGUCUUGCUGGUAGGAGCUGGUAUUGGAGUGACACCCUUCGCCUCUAUCCUCAAGUCCAUCUGGUACCGCAUGAACGACUUUGGACGAGGGGAAAAGACUCGCUUGAGCAAGGUCUACUUUGUCUGGGUCAUUCGGGACUUUGGUUCGGCCGAAUGGUUUCACAGUUUGCUGGAGGCGAUCGAGGCCGAGGAUACGGAGCAGCGCAUAGAGAUACAUAUCUACCUUACCGCCAAAAUCACCGAAGAUCAGAUGAACAACAUUCUCCUUCAAGACGUUGGAGCAGACAAGGACGCCAUCACUUCGCUACGGUCACCAACCCACUUUGGCAGGCCGAAUUGGGACCGAGUGUUCGAGAGCAUAGCGAGCAAGCAUCCAGAUACGGACUGCGGAGUAUUCUUCUGUGGCCCGCCCGUACUCUCCAAGCAGCUUCAUUUGAUGUGUAAUACCCAUACGACGCCUGAAGGAUGCCGGUUCUUUUACGGAAAGGAGAACUUUUAG